AUGGCAUCAGCACAACCCAGAGGACAUAGGGAAAUUGAUUGCGGCGAGGCUCCAGCUCGACCGUCGGAAAGACGACAGACUGUCGCAGCACUUGCCCAGAUAUGGGAUCCACAGACGUUGGCGUCGUUCUCAAUGUCUCAGCUGGAUGGUCUUUCAGACGUCAUGUGCGGCUACUGCCCACAGCUGUCUCGAGCGUUUAAGUGCCGGCAACGACGGCACAGGGUUGAGGCAGAGGCCGUUGCGGAAGCCGAGCAGUACCUCGCCGAGGAGUCCGAGCUGGCCCGGCGCCAGGCUUUGUCAAUGAUGCGCCAUGUUUGGCGGAACUACGAGAAGCGUGCUUUCGCCAAGGAUGAGCUCAGGCCGGUGUCUGGCACUGGCCAAGACAGCUGGGGGGGCAUUGGCCAGACGCUGGUUGAUGCCAUGGACACGCUGUGGCUGAUGGGGUUUAGAGAGGAAUUCGACCGGGCAGCUGCCUGGGUGGAGAAAUCAUUGAGCUUCGCCCAUGACCUGAACGUGAAUCUCUUCGAAACCACCAUUCGCCAUUUGGGCGGGCUUCUUUCUGCCUUCGCGUUGAGUGGAAGGCCUAAGCUCUUGGCCAAAGCAGUGGAUCUGGGCGACCGCCUGAUCCAAGCGUUUCCGAGCAUGCCGGCAAUCCGUAGUCCACCUGCACCUGCGGAAGGUGACGCCGCCACCGGAUGGACAGACGACGUCAAGAAGCUGCUGCAACAGGUUGGUGUGCCACAAAAUACGUUGGACACGGUGCUUGGGAAAGAUGUCAAAACUGCGCCAGCAAGCUUGCCCUCGUCAGAUGUGAACCUGAAAACGGGAGAAGCAAAGAAUCUUGCUGGCUUCGUCUCCCUCGCUGAAGCGUAUGUUCCGAUGGAAUGGAAGUAUUUGACUGCAUUGACUGGCAACUGUACUUACUCGCGAGCUCAGGAUCAGGUGUUACGCACCCUGAACUCUUCCCUGGACCUCCAGAAUCGGGGUCUCGGUGCCAUCUUGCUGAGAUCUGAUGGUACCACUUUCGCAUCUCCAGAGAACCGCAUUUCGUUGGGAAGCCGCGGCGACUCUUUCUACGAGUACCUCCUGAAAGACAGCCUCUUUGCAGGUGAGCAUGCGGAUCCGUUGGCACGGACAUUGUGGAAUUCCUUCAGACGCACACUCCCGGAGCUUCUGGUGGAAGUUGACCCGCAGCCGGCAGCGACCCGAAGGAAGCGGAGGCGCCCAAAGGAAGAGGCCGGCCAUACUAGACUCUGGCUCUGGAGCUGCCCGGUGAAGCGGCGGCAAGUCAUCACAGAUCCCUGCACUCAACCAUCUGGCUUAAUUCCGCCUCCGCGACGCAUUCAUGAUUCGGCCUCUGCCGUGAACUUGUGUGGAGUCUGA